AUGAGGUCGUUCAGGAUCUUAUCGACCCUGCUCGCCCUAGCUUCUUCCAUCCAUGCCGACGCAGGAGUCAGCCCCGGCGAUGCUCCUGAUGAUGUCAUCGAAUUGACCUCAGAAAACUUUGCCACCGUCGUCACCCCUGCGCCCUUGAUCUUGGUUGAAUUUAUGGCACCAUGGUGCGGUCACUGUAAAGCCCUGAUGCCCGAGUACAAACGGGCGGCCACACUAUUGAAAAAGGAAGGUAUCCCAGUGGCCAAGGCUGACUGUACCGAACAGAGUGAACUAUGUGCCCAGCACGAAAUUCAAGGUUACCCAACUCUCAAAAUCUUCACAAAUGGAGUAGCGUCGGAAUACAAAGGUCCUCGAAAAGCUGAUGGCAUCGUUUCAUACAUGGAAAAACGCGCACAGCCUGUUGUCACUGUUGUUACAUCUGCCAACCACACCGAAUUCACCAAAUCUGGUAACGUGGUGGUCAUCGCCUAUCUGGAUCACUCGGACAAAGAUAGCAUGGAUGUAUUUAACCGCUUCGCCGAAUCGAAGCGUGAUGAUUACGUCUUUGGAGUGUGCUACGACCCAUCAUCGAUCAGCGAGGUCUCCUCUCUCUCUAAAGGUAGUCUCGUUCUUUGGAAGAAGUUCGACGAAGGUCGCAACGAUUUCCAUGGAGAGAAACUGACCGAAGAGAACAUCACCAAAUUCGUUAACACCAACUCGGUGCCACUGUUUGAUGAACUCACUCCUUCCAACUUUGCUCUCUACUCCGAGAUCGGCCUUCCUCUCGCUUACACCUUCAUCGAGGCCAACAACCCCAAGCGAGAAAGUCUCAUCAAAUCUCUCGAGCCUGUUGCCAAGGACAACAAGGGUCACCUCAACUUUGUUUGGAUCGAUGCCACCAAAUUUGGAGAUUACGCCAAGUCUUUGAACCUUCCCGGUAGCGACUGGCCUGAGUUUGUCAUCCAGGAUCUGUCGAACCAGGACAAAUACCCAUUCGAGGCCAAGAAGGAAGUCAACCAUGACCACAUUGCCGAAUUUGUCAAGUCUUACCGCUCCGGAAAACUCGAAAAGAGUGUCAAGAGUCAACCUAUACCGACUCAAAAGGGUGACGGUACAUACGUCCUCGUCGCCAAGGCCUUUGAAGAAGUGGUUUACGGUAACAACAACCAGAAGGAUGUGUUCCUUGAAUUCUACGCACCUUGGUGUGGUCACUGCAAGCGUCUUAAGCCUAUUUGGGACAACUUGGCCCGCAGCUUCAGCGGUUCCAGCGACAAGGUUCUGAUUGCCAACUUCGAUGCCACUGAGAACGACAUCCCAUCCACAACCGGCUUUACGGUACAAGGAUACCCCACUCUGAAAUUCAAGCCCGCGGGCUCGAGGGAGUUCAUCGACUACGAUGACGAGAGAGAGUUGGAUGCGAUGAUUGCAUUUAUCGAGAAGAACUCGGUCAACAAGGUCAAGGCUGUCAAGGUCGAUCUACCUGAGCCAGUCGAAGGUGGCGAAGGGGGCGACCAAGUUGUCUUCGACUCCGAAGAAUCUGACCCGGUUCCUGAAGAUGAAGACAAAGAUGCUGAGCACGAUGAAUUGUAA